AUGCUUGUCAAGCUCGACAACUCAAAGGCUGCAGCAGCAAGUUCCAUGUCGCUCCGCCUGGUGAGCCAGAACAUUCGGUAUGCUACAGAGAAGCCCACCCCCAACGAGAGACCGUGGAGCUUUCGGGGUCCGAAGCUCUGCAACCAGUUGGACUUCAUCACGGCUGGCCACGAGUCAGCAAUCAUCUGCCUGCAAGAAGCUCUCUACUCGCAACUCGAAGAUAUCCAGUCUUGCCUCGGUCCUGCGUGGGGUCAUGUGGGCGUCGGUCGUGAUGAUGGGAAGCGAGGUGGCGAGUUUUCACCAGUGUUUUACCAGGUUGAGCGCUGGCAGUGCGAGAGGAACGAAACUCUGUGGUUGAGCAAAACGCCGGGUAAGCCAUCUAGGGGAUGGGAUGCGGCACUGAACCGCGUUGUCACCGUCGGGGAGUUUCUCGACAAACAAACCGACACGCGAGUAGUUGUCAUGAGUACGCAUUUCGAUCACCGAGGCGUUUUGGCUCGAGAGGAGAGCGCCAAGCUGCUUCUCGACGUUGCCCAAGAGUGGAGCAAGGGCGCAAACGGUAAACCUCCGACGGCUGUCCUUCUCGCGGGUGACUUCAACAGUACGCCGGAUGACAAUGCAUACAAGACAAUGGUGGCACCGGAGUCAGGCAUGGUUGAUGUCUCAACCCAGGUCCCCCAAGCAAAGCGAUACGGAAACGAAAUCACCUACACGUCGUUCGACGAACCGGAUGAGGAGCCGAAGAGGAUCGACUUUUUGUUUGUGAAAGAUCCAAGCCCGGCUACUAUCAAGAGAUUUGGCGUGUUGUCGAACAAAUUCGAUGACGAGAUUUAUCUGUCUGACCACAGGCCUGUAGUCGCCGACGUUGAGAUUCCUGUCUUACGGACGGCCAGCAAGAUGUCUUGA